AUCUCAAUAGAUAUUUUAUCUAGCUUUAAUUAUUUAACAACAUCUACAAGUGCCGGACGAACUAUUCUUUCUUUAUUUUUAAAGCCUUUUUGAAACACAGCGAUUAGAUAGACCGAGCAUGCUAUAUAAGGAUCAUACACACGGUCUCUACUUAAUGUUUCCCCUACCUUCUUCUAUUAGAGAGAGAGAGAAAAAAUCAGAUAUUGUUUCUUCUCACUCGCCAUGUCGUCCAUUGCCUAGUAUAUGCUCGGUCUAUCUAUACUAUGUCUAUGGUGGAGUCCGUUUGGCCAUGUUGCUAUCAGUCACUCAUAGCAUUUGAACAGAGGAAAACCUCUAGGCAUCGGCUGUUGUGAAUGGCUGUGGUCAAUCGCAACGUGGUCAAACGGGAUGUUCCCGUUUCUGAUAGCAAUAUUGCUCGUAGUCUCGUGUGCUGUCGUGUGUGAUUUCGUGUAAUUUGUGUUAUGGUAAUAUUGAACGAAAAUAAGUGAUAAUACAUAAAGAUGAGCGACUCGGAAAUCGAUCAAAAUUUUUAUGACAGUGAUCAGGAUGUUUCCGAACAUCACUCGAAACUUGUUGAUGCUGUGGCGCAGCUCGACAAGAGACAAAGGGUAAAGAAAGCAGAACGAAGCGAGCCUAGUUUAGAGGUAUCGGAAUAUCACCUUGUGAAAAGUGGAGUUACCGACAAGGAUGCAGUAUGUGUAAAAGAUCUAAUCAAAUCAUUGGGAAAAAAGGAAAAUCAGAUCAAUGUUAUUAAGAGGCUUCGAUACAUUCAACAGAAAAAUAAAAUUCUUCCUAAACCAUUAGAGAAACCAGCGGCUGAAAGGAUAAAAAGGACAGUAGGCUUUGAGAAGGUACAAGAUGAAUUGAAAAAAUGGGAAAGUAUAGUAACAAAAAACAGGACAGCAGAAUGCCUAUCUUUUCCAUUAAAACGUUCAGCACCUAUAAAAGAUAAUGAUACCUCAAAGAUUCCAAAAUUCUUGAAAGGUUUCAAUAUAAAAUCGGACCUGAUGAAAAAAUUUGAAGAAGUAGAUCCAACAUUACUGAAUCCUCCUGCUGAGGAAGAGGAAAAGGUUGAUAAAUACAAAAUGACAAUGGAAGAAAUGCUUUUAAGAAGAAAGGAAGCCGCCAGAAUUAGAGCGCAACAGUCGUAUAAAGAGGCAAAAGCGCAUCGUCAGCGUAAGAUAAAGAGUAAAAAGUUUCACCGCAUCCAGAGAAAAGAUAAGCUUAAACAGCAGUUAAAAGAUUUUGAAAAGUUGAAAGAUACUAAUCCACAGGAAGCGCUGACAAAGUUGGAACAAUUGGACAAAACACGUGCUGAAGAAAGAAUGUCAUUAAGACAUAAAAACACAGGUCAAUGGGCUAAAAAUAAACAGAUUAGAGCCAAAUAUGAUAAAGAAACACGACAAGAACUUGCUGAACAAUUGGCUAUUAGCAGAGAAUUGACACAGAAAGUAAAGAGAACAGAUGAAGAAGACGAGGAAGAUGAGAAUGAUGAGAUAAACAUGAAAGAUAUAGAAGAUGAGGAAGAUGAAAUGCAAUUGGAAAAUGACAAAAACGAUGUAAAAACUGAAGGUGAAAUUGAUGAAUUUAUUAAACUUUGUCGGACGUACUAUGAUAAAAAAGAACAAAUGAAAGAAGAAAAAACAGACAAAAUUUCGGAUAAGAUUUUAUCAGCAGAAGAAAAAGAAACAGCAUGUCAUAAUGAGAAAAAUAAUAUUUCACAAAUAAAUAUAAGUGAUAGUGAAAUAAAAAAUAAAAAAUCUUGUGAUAAAAAGAAAAGUAAUAUUUCACAAGCAAGUAAUAAAAAAAGUAAAUUGCAUGGUAAACAGAAAAACAGUAUAUCACAAAAUACAAAUAAUAAAGAAAGCACAUCUGUAUGCAAUGAUGUAGAUGUUACAUCCAUACAGAAUAUUCAAAAGGAGACAACAAAAAAUAAACGAAAUGAGAAGAAAUCUAAAUCGCAAGGCGUGGAUGAAACAUUUGAUUCCAAAAACAAAAAGGAAAAGUCAAAGCGUAAACUAAAUUCGAAAAUGCAAAAAGUGAAAAAGAAAUUAAAAACAAACAAGACAGAGAAAUGCGAGGAAGAAAAGGAGAAGGAGAAGGAAAAUGAGGAUUUGCUGAAUCUCGAAUUCAAAAAUCCCAAACAGAAACCUAUUUUGGAUUUUCCAUUAGAAGAAACGACUUCUAGAGAAAAUGUGCAAAAGAAUAACGAUCUAACAAGUUUAAGAACAAUAGCGAAUACAGUACAAAAAACGCCUAUUAACCAUGAAGUGGAAAUAGACCCAAAAAAAUAUGUAAACAUUAAACCUAAACAUUUGAAAACACAACUGCCGGAUAUAAGUACAGCUGGAGAUGAAGAUAGCGAACAAGAAGAAGAGGAAAGACAUAAGAUAAUGAGUGAGGCAUUCGCGGAUGACGAUGUUGUCGAAGAAUUUAUAAAAGAACAAGAAGAAGAGAUGGAAAAGUCGCAACCACAGAAUAUUGAUCUAAGUCUACCCGGAUGGGGAAGUUGGGGUGGACCAAAUGUAAAGAAAAGUAAAAUAGCUCGUAAGAAGAGCCGAUUCAUACUGAAUAUUCCCAAGGUAGAAUUACGUAAACCUGAGAAUCAAGGAAAGGUCAUAGUAUUCGAGCAUGACAAUGAGAUUAAAAAACAUCUCGUGAAGGAGUUACCCUAUCCGUUCACCAAGGUCAAGGAUUUUGAGGCCAGCAUCAGAGCUCCCGUCAGCAAGAACUUUGUUCCAAUGAACGCUCACUUGCAGCUCAUUCGGCCGACAGUAAGUACCAAACUUGGACAAGUGAUCGAGCCGAUGGACGAGAAUGAGUUGGUGAAGAAUCAGCCAAUAGUGAAGAAACCACCAAAGCGACUUAUCAAUAAAAAGAAUAAAAAUAAGAAAAAUAGGAUCGUAAAAAACAAUAGCAAGAAGAAAGGUGUACAAAAUGUACAAAAUGUAUGAUAAAAUAAAUCCUACUUACUGAGCACUUAUUGCAUAAAA